CUGGCACUUCCAAGUUCCAGUACAGCAAAGCGCAAACCGCUGAAACCAGACAUGUGCAUUCCUGAAGCUUUGUGACAUUUGUCAGUUGCAUUUGCCAUCAAAAUCCGUAUUCUGGUUUGUUAACGAUUUUCUUGACUGUUUUGAUUCCUUAUUUCUUUUAUAACCUCAACGGUAAUAAUUAUUGUCAUCGGAGAUUUAUUUAUGAAUUACUAUGGCUCCGCGUUACAUCCAGCUGUGCUCUCCCAGCCUGCUCGGCCAGACACCCCUCACCCUGUUGGCAGGCGGUGCACAUUGCUACCAAGCCUGCCGUAACACGCUGCGUGCGCGGCUGCUUACGGAUGAUUUCCGUCUGGUCUUCCGCACGAUGAUCGGCCAGAAGGAGCACAGUAUCGAGUGCCAGUCGGAGACGGACCUGCAGAAUCUCCUGCACCACGGACACAGUGAUGAGGGCGGACGCGAUAUUCUGGAGCUGCAUGUUGUGCGCUUGCCUCGGCGUGCGCACGGCUCCGCUGCUGGCAGCAACGCGGAUGACGCAACAGCGUUGUCGGUGCAGAUCACCGUCGGCCACAUGUGGAACGCCGUAAAGUUGAUGCUGCCCAAGGAGAACGAGGUUCCCGUGCUGCGCGGCAUGAUUGACCAGAUGACGAAUCGUAUCGCUAGCCGCACCGCGGAACGCUCACCUUCGCCGCAUCCCGGGAAUGCUGUGCCGCGGGAGUCCGAUGGACUGCAACAUGUGCUGGACACGCCCGGAAGCAACGGCGGAAUUAAUCGCGGACGGGUUGAUGGAUUUCACAGCAUAGUGGCAUCUCAUCGAGCGAGCGACACCGUCGAGAAUUACGGUUCGCGUGGCUCCAUCCAUGGUAACUUGGAGCCGGCGCUGAAUCAACGGCCGUUGGUGCAGGAUCUGCGUAAGGCUCCUAAACGCGUGCAUUUCGCCGAGCUCAUGGGAGCGCGGUCGUCGGUGGUGGCCUCGGCGGAUCGUCGUAAGCAAGCCAAGCAGGGGAUCGUCCAGCACAAGCAGCGCAGUAGCACGCUGCCCUCGUCCAGCCAGCCCCUGAUGGUCAUGACCAUGCCACCGCCGCUGGUGCAGCCGGGCGCCGGGGAACCGAUCGUGGAGCGAGUAUCGGCCAGCAACAAAUUCCUGGGCUACAAAUGCCCCAUGUGUCCGCAGCGGAAGGCGAUCAAGCGGGAAAUGACGAUGCAUAUGGCGUUCCACGGCAGUGCUGGUCCUCUUUCAUGCCCGCGCUGUAAUUUCGCCACCGACAACCGGAAGCGUUUCAAUCACCACGUUAAAGUGCACCAGCAGGAGGAGGCCGAGCAGGAGGCGGCGGUGAUGUCGGCGGCGGCGUGGGGUGGUGCGGAUGCGGCCAUGCGGAAUCCGUCUGUGAAAGGUGGCGAAUCGCCAUCAGAGGCGAGCGAGGAAUCGCCCCCGUCGGAUCGGCCCUUUAGCGGACAACUGCUGAUGCCGCGAAAGCGUGUCGCUUCCAGUGAGCGCUAGACGGAGAAAUGUCUUCCGGGGGAAAUGUAACAAGCGUACUGUGUCUUGGAUGAUUGUGGAAUGGUGACACGACAGAUGGAUAACUCGAUAAUUUAGUAUUUCGUUGGACGAUGAAACCCAGUGGUGGAUACUCUCUAUGAGAAUAUAAUCGGUUGCCUUUUGUUUUGAUACAGUUACUGAGUAUUUACGAUUGGGCUGGCGGUUUUGUACAGGCCGCGAUCUCAAACGCGAUCUGCCUGACGUGAUGUUGAUAAUUACUUGCGCGUCAUUUUGUUAUUAUUUUGAUCACUCUAUUCCGAAGAUUUUUAGUACAGGUUUUAUGAGAGCGUAUUUCGUUGGUUGCACAGUGCACUGAUCUUCAUAAUUUGACCAAUGUCGCACAUUUUCUUUGUAAUGGGUAAUUAAGUACUCGUUUUGUUGUUGAAUCUUCUACUUUGUUAACUGUUUUUAUGGAUGCAUGCAAACGAUUGGAGU